AUGGGUUGGGCUAAGCCCAAACCCGGAUCCAGCAUCAAUUUGUGGACUUCAGUUCAAUUUGGAAUUGGAGCAAGUUAUUGUGAUGAUUAUUCUGAAUUAUGGUUUUCUACAGUGGUAAGGUAUGGUGAAAUUGGGAAAUUUGUGGAAUUCGAGAGGCUGGAGAUAAGGGAGGUCACUGACGGAAGGGGAUGUGGGUUAUUUUGGAUGCCGGUUUUUGUAUAUUACCUUUUGUGUGCAAUUUUGAUGUAUUUUUGGACUAUUUAUGCAGUUGUAGACAACAUGGUACAGCUGGUUUAUAGUAAUUGGUUUUGGGCAGCAGAGAUAAGGGCAAUGCAGUAG